UUGAUAUCUGAUAGUUAACGCUAUGUUUUCGUUGAGAUGUGGCUCUAGCUAGCUAAUCGCUAACUAUGUCUUUUGAAAAGAAAAUUAUGGAAUAAAUCUUUAUAGCAAGUCCAGGCGGGAUUAGGCGACUGAUUCACGAGAAUGUGUAAAACAAUUCCCCUUUAUAUAGACAUGAGUGAUAUUCGUCACGCACUGCUGCGGCGCGACCCCCUGAGCGCGGCCAAAGAAGUACUGUACCAUCUGGAUAUAUCUCUGGGCAGUGCACUUCAGAGCGCGUCGGGGCCCGCCUCUGGCCUGGAGAAGAGCACGGUAGACCUGGUGGAGGAGUUCAUUUUUCAUGUCCCGAAAGAUAGAAAUGUACAGCGAAAGAGAAUGAGCUGCGUUCAAGAGCUCCAACUCCUGGAGAUCAUGUGCAGCUACUUCCAAGAGCAGAGCAAAGAUGCUGUCCGCCAGGUCAUAUUUUCAGCCCUCUUUAGUCUCCAGGGCAACAAAGCUGACGAGAGCCGCAUGGCCAUGCUCAGUAAGCUGGUCUCCAUGGCGAUUGCUGUGUGUCGUGUGCCCAUCCUCGAGUGUGCUGCCACUUGGCUACAGCGCACCCACUCGGCGUGGUGCGUGCGGUUGGCGCGGGCGUUGGUGGAUGACUAUUGCGCGCUGGUGCCUUGCUCCAUCGCCACCCUGCAGAACAUCUGCUCGGCUAGCCCUCGCUUCUGUUGCCAGCUCAUCACUGCUGUCACAGCCCUCUACGACUUCUCUUCAGAUGAGCUCACUCCACCCCCUGCCCUGUUGGAGAUGGUGGUUGGUUGGAUUGCAGAAGACCCCAGGUUACUCCUGCUCACCUUCAUUAACACACCCCUCACCUCCAGCUUACCAAUUGGAUGCCUGGAGGUCACCCCUCUUAUGGGCCUCCUCCGAUGGUGUGUGAAGGCACCACUAGCCUAUCAGAGAGGUCAAAAGUUGUCUCUGACCAACAACCAAGCAGAAACAGACAAAGGGAUGGGAUGUGAAGAGUUAUACUCCAAACUACACUUGAGUAUUCUUCAGGUCUUCCUCAUGUUACAGGUCCACCUUACAGAACAGAAUCUGUUCGGGCGACUUGCCGUGUUGCAGGUGGAGUCUGCUGCUGCCCUCAUCGAGGAGGUGAGCCGAUUAUCGGACGAGCUUAACCCUCUCCAUGCUGCCAACCAAAUCCAGCUGGCUCUGGAUAGGCUGGCACAAGCAGUGCAAGUUGCCAUGGCAACAGGAGCCCUGCUGUGUACCAGAGAGGACCUGCGUACUCUGUGCUCAAGACUUCCUCAUAACAACCUGCUCCAGCUGGUCAUGUCUGGUCCUGUGGUGUCACCCCCACAUGGGAGCCCCUUCCAGCCGAGCCCCUACACCUACGUCCACCCGGCCCGCCCUUCACCGCUCUCUCCCCUCUCCUCCGCCCACGCUGCCCUCUCGCCGCUCCACACCCACCCGGCCCUGUCACCACACCGGCCCCUGGUCCCCCACAGCACACACUCCUCACUUGGGUCACAUGCCUUCCACCCUGCUGCCGUGGCCUUCCCAUACCGGCCUAUCCGCUGACACACACUCGCCUGCUGGCAGAUGACGCUUCAUAACAACUGGAGGCCGAUGAGCUGCAAUGGCCUUUUUUACGUUUGGAUUAACUUAUGGGUUAAAGGGGAUGGAUGCAUCAGUCACAAUUUCAAUUAAAAAACAAACAGUUUUUUUUUAAGCAAAAUAUUCUUGUUUCUACAAGAAUCCUUUUCAGUCCUUCAUAUUCUUGUUGUACUUUGAGUUUGAGAAUGAACUGUGAUUUUUUUUUUCCCUUUUUAUCUACUAAUGACAGCUAUUUACCGUAAAUAUAUACCAUUCUACACUUUCUCUAAAUACUAUGAUGAGCUGAACCUUAUAGUUAUAUACAGGCUGUCACUGUUUUACUGUUUUUAUACCUUGGAAAUGGCACAGAUUGAAUACCAAUUUACAGGUUGUUCUAGUGCUUUUGUAGGAAAUUCUUCCUUAGGACUUUUUCAAGAUUGGAACAAGUUUUUUUUGUUUUACUAUACAAUACAAAAACGUAUCAAAAUGAGAUCAUGGUUACUUAAUACUUAGAGAAUGAAUUUGAGAAUUUAGUCUUAAAAGAUUGGAAAGACAGCAGGGGGAUUUUAUUUAUACACACACACCUUAUUGCAUGUACUAACCCUCGUCUUAUAAUGAAUUAUCAGCAAGCUAAGUAAUGAACAUAGGGCUGUCACAGCAUUGCUUGAAACUGGGCUGACUAGUGAUAAAGCCAAAAAGCAUCUUAAUCACAUCUGUUACCAUUAGUCUAACACAGUCACACCUCUGUUUACGUGCCUGUCAAGGAAGUCAACAACUCCCAAAGCUAUGUAGACUCACUGCCUCAGAGUUCAUGGAAGAAAAGAAACAGCAUAGCCGGUUCAAUGCUGACAGCAUACUGGUUUGUUAGAGCCCUUGGAAUCCUAAGGAAACCCUUGCUUAAUUCUCACAAAGGCAUUUUGUAUUCUGUAAGAUAUUGUGAAAUAUAAGUAAUGUGGGCAUUGAUCUCUGGCUGUCUUGUGCCCAAAUUGUAAGUAGAGACUCUGCUAACUGACCAACAGUAGAGUGAGCAUAGGAAAUGGGGUAGGGACAAACGAGCCCUGUUAGUAGGGUGAAAGAUGUGAACCAUGUUCAUUCUAGACAAACAAUUUGUGCUUCAGAAUUGUGCAUUUCAACUUCUCUAUUAAUGAUCUUUGAACAUUAAAAAUCCUGUCAUGAAGUUUA